AUGCGCGUCCGUCGCUCUCUUCAGGAACUUGUUAGUCUUUACGACAAAGGUGACAGAACCCAGCUGGAAAACCUUGUCAAAGCCUUUCGCAAGAUUCAAGCCCUCCCCGUUGAUAGUCCUGACUCUUUUUACGUCAUUGCUGGCUAUCACGGCGAGCCUUUCGUCAAGGAAGAUCCUACAAACCCUGACUGGUGGGGUGGAUACUGCCAGCACCAGACCGUCCUCUUCCCAACCUGGCACAGAGCCUAUCUUCUUCGCCUGGAGAAUGCACUCCGAAAUGCUUUGCCUGAGGCCCCAGACCUGGCUCUGCCGUUCUGGGAUGAGUGUGUCACUCAUGGAACGGACGAGAAUCCGAUCCCCUGGUUCGUGACUGCUCGCGAGCUGCCUUUCCCUGUGGAUGGCAAGACAGACAACCCGCUGUUCUCGUACAAGCUCCAGAAGGGCCUAGACGACAACCAUAGCACUCGGGACGUGAGCAGGUACACCAAGCCUGCCGGUUAUGAGACCGUUCGCUACCCACUUUCCGGCCUUGUUGGAAACCCCGCAGAUCAACGCGACAGUGACAGGCAUAACGCAAAGUACAUGGAUCAUAAGACCAACACAAAGAUCCUCAAUUCCAAUGUCAAAGCCUGGAUGGACGGUACAGUCAAGAUUACACCCGACGGCGACCCUAAAACCACACUCCCUGACACCUACUCGGUCUAUUCUCGUUUUCAGAUCUGCCUCAAGGCGCCAAACUACACUGUGUUCUCCAACAAGGCCUCCAUGGCAGAGUGGAUAAUUGAAAAUCAUGGCGAGCCACACUACGGCGUCGCCCUCGAGGAGCCGCAUAAUGCCAUUCAUCUUGCGCUUGGCGGCUUCUACGAGAAAGGCAAUUAUAACGCUGAUCCGAUUCUCGGUGCCAACGGCGACAUGGGCGAGAAUGAGACAGCCGCCUUUGACCCCAUUUUCUUCCUUCACCACGCUUUCAUUGACUAUACCUUCUGGCAGUGGCAGCUCCGCCAUGAUAAGACAGCAAAUGGUAGUCUGACGGUCGAGGCUGGCAGGAAGGGCACCAUUAGCCUGGGUGAUCCAACCUUCCCCAAGGGUACAGCUCUGGACACAAAGAGCCCAUUGGAUCCUUUCAAGAAGCCUGGCGGCGGAUUCUAUACCUCGGACGAUGUGACCGACAUCAAUGACCUUGGGUACAGCUAUGGUCCUGGCUCCCUUGACAAUGAUCCAGCCCGUUUUGAGCCACCCAUGGAGCCCAUCGCUAAUAUCGCGCGUGUGCACAACGUCAGUCGUGCAGAUUACGCCGGCUCCUUCGUCAUCCGCACCCAUGUUGAGAUGCCUGAUGGUACAAUGGUCGAAGUCGGACGCGAAGCCGUACUAAGCCGAUGGAAUGUCGCAGGAUGCCGCAAUUGUCAGGAUCAUUUAGACGAGAACUCUUUCAUCGCUAUUGACGACAAGACAUUGGAAGUAUUGAAAGGCAACGCCGAUGACAAGGAGAAGAUCAAGUUUCACGUUCAGAUCCAGUCGCGUGAGUUUGGCGGGGAUAAAUUACAGGAGCCUGUGAAAGAGCCAGUGGUGGAGUUUUUGUAA